AAUACAAGUUAUGUGUCGAUUGAGUGACUGAACAGUGAGUGAAGUGUAUUGUAAUGAACCAAACAUUGAGUGCAUUAAAGGCAUCGAUGGCUGACUUAAUGCGCAAAAUCAGUGAUUUGUGUCUCAUUUGGCACUCAUUUGUCAAUUGAUAUCAUUUUAUCAGUAAAUCUGUGGAUAUAUUACUUGGUUUGCCAUUAAUUUUCUUAACAAUCGUCACAACAAUUGAUCCAUUGAUUGAUGUAUUUAGUGAUAACCAAUUGAAUGCCUUGUAGUGACCAAAAAAGUAGUCAUCGCGAGUCACAUGAAUGGCCACCAAAUGGUGCACUCAUUUCAUGUGAUGUUUUUAUAAACCAUAGGAUGUGUUGAAGUGAUAUCAUUUAGUAACCAAUAAAGUGAUAAUUAAAUGAUGGGUUCAUCGUUUAGCAAACGAUUACAAUCGUUGAUAGAUUUGGUGACAAAUUACAAGACAUUACAUAUCGUUAUGUUAGGUCUGGAUUCGGCCGGAAAGACAACAGCUCUCUAUAGACUAAAGUUUGACCAAUACUUGAAUACCGUUCCCACCAUUGGAUUCAACUGUGAAAAAGUUAAACUUAAUGGCAAAGCAAAGGGCAAUUCUUUCCUCAUUUGGGAUAUCGGAGGUCAGGACAAACUGCGACCACUUUGGCGGUCAUACACGCGAUGUACUGAUGGCAUCAUUUUUGUUAUCGAUAGUGUUGAUGAAGAAAGACUUGAAGAGGCAAAGAUGGAACUGAUGAGAACCGCCAAAUCACCGGAAAACUCAAGAGUUCCUAUACUUGUGUUGGCCAAUAAACAAGACCUUCCCGGAGCUAAAGACGCCAAUGAAAUCGCUAGACUUCUGGGUCUGUCAGACCUCAAUGGUAAACACUUAUGGCACGUGCAGUCAUCCUGUAGUGUCAUCGGUGAGGGUCUCGAUGAAGGACUAGACAUAUUGUAUGACUUGAUUACUGAACAAAAGAGAUUAAAUAAAUUAUCGAAAAUUAAAAGAUAAUAACCAUUACAUUCACUGAUUGUUUGUUCCAAUAAUAACUUAUUACUGAUUGAUAUAUUGUAUUAAUUAUUUGCAAUUUUUAUAAUUAUAAGACUAAUGUUAAUACCUUUUUAUUUGUAUAACAUUUUAAUAAUUACUAUAAUAAUU